AUGGAGUGGAGUACUAAGCAAUCUCGUUUGCAAUAUCAUCUAUAUUUAUAUCGUGAGGAACUGCAACGUCGUCGGCGACGUGAAGGAGUCUUGAGAGCGGCAAAGACUGCUAUAACAAACCACCUAGUUAUGAAUAACAGCGAGGAGUUCUACCAACUUAAGAAAGAGGAAGCCGCUCAAAUAACUGAAGUAGAUAUCGAGCUAGAUGAUAGUAAGGCCCCCGAUUGCACUUUAACCGAAAAAGAACAUUGUGAAUACUCGUAUACGUAUGCCGCCGAGUGUUGCAAUGAUACGACUACAAAUUGGGACUUUAGCGAUAUGAUGAAAUUCGAUAACACCACAAGUUACGAUAACUGUAAUUUAACGAAGAAUAACGAAUACACGAUAACGAAUUUAAGCGACAAUCCAGAUAAUGCAAACAUGAACGCUGACGAUGGGAUCACAAAUUACACGAAUAUAAAUUGGAGCCUAGACGAUUUCUGGAAAGAAAUUGAGAUUGAAGAAAUGAAAGCUGCCAAUAACCUCAGUAAUACAAGGAAUGAUAAUGAGUGCAAAGAUUUGGAUUACAUCGAUGAACUUUGUAACGAUUUCAAUAUCGUUCUCGACGAUGUGUUCCGAAAUGACAGCGAGUUUGAGGCCAACACAAAUACCACAAAUUAUAUCGAGCUAGAUGAUAGUAAGGCCCCCGAUUGCACUUUAACCGAAAAAGAACAUUGUGAAUACUCGUAUACGUAUGCCGCCGAGUGUUGCAAUGAUACGACUACAAAUUGGGACUUUAGCGAUAUGAUGAAAUUCGAUAACACCACAAGUUACGACAGGUGUAAUUUAACGAAGAAUAACGAAUGCACGAUAACGAAUUUAAGCGACAAUCCAGAUAAUGCAAACAUGAACGCUGACGAUGGGAUCACAAAUUACACGAAUAUAAAUUGGAGCCUAGAAGAUUUCUGGAAAGAAAUUGAGAUUGAAGAAAUGAAAGCUGCCAAUAACCUCAGUAAUACAAGGAAUGAUAAUGAGUGCAAAGAUUUGGAUUACAUCGAUGAACUUUGUAACGAAUUCAAUAUCGUUCUCGACGAUGUGUUCCGAAAUGACAGCGAGUUUGAGGCCAACACAAAUACCACAAAUUGUGAUGAACUGCAACGUCGUCGGCGACGUGAAGGAGUCUUGAGAGCGGCAAAGACUGCUAUAACAAACCACCUAGUUAUGAAUAACAGCGAGGAGUUCUACCAACUUAAGAAAGAGGAAGCCGCUCAAAUAACUGAAGUAGAUAUCGAGCUAGAUGAUAGUAAGGCCCCCGAUUGCACUUUAACCGAAAAAGAACAUUGUGAAUACUCGUAUACGUAUGCCGCCGAGUGUUGCAAUGAUACGACUACAAAUUGGGACUUUAGCGAUAUGAUGAAAUUCGAUAACACCACAAGUUACGAUAACUGUAAUUUAACGAAGAAUAACGAAUACACGAUAACGAAUUUAAGCGACAAUCCAGAUAAUGCAAACAUGAACGCUGACGAUGGGAUCACAAAUUACACGAAUAUAAAUUGGAGCCUAGACGAUUUCUGGAAAGAAAUUGAGAUUGAAGAAAUGAAAGCUGCCAAUAACCUCAGUAAUACAAGGAAUGAUAAUGAGUGCAAAGAUUUGGAUUACAUCGAUGAACUUUGUAACGAUUUCAAUAUCGUUCUCGACGAUGUGUUCCGAAAUGACAGCGAGUUUGAGGCCAACACAAAUACCACAAAUUAUAUCGAGCUAGAUGAUAGUAAGGCCCCCGAUUGCACUUUAACCGAAAAAGAACAUUGUGAAUACUCGUAUACGUAUGCCGCCGAGUGUUGCAAUGAUACGACUACAAAUUGGGACUUUAGCGAUAUGAUGAAAUACGAUAAUAAAAUUACAAGUUACAAUAACUGUAAUUUAACGAAUACAAAUUGGGACUUUAGCGAUAUGAUGAAAUUCGAUAACACCACAAGUUACGACAGGUGUAAUUUAACGAAGAAUAACGAAUGCACGAUAACGAAUUUAAGCGACAAUCCAGAUAAUGCAAACAUGAACGCUGACGAUGGGAUCACAAAUUACACGAAUAUAAAUUGGAGCCUAGAAGAUUUCUGGAAAGAAAUUGAGAUUGAAGAAAUGAAAGCUGCCAAUAACCUCAGUAAUACAAGGAAUGAUAAUGAGUGCAAAGAUUUGGAUUACAUCGAUGAACUUUGUAACGAAUUCAAUAUCGUUCUCGACGAUGUGUUCCGAAAUGACAGCGAGUUUGAGGCCAACACAAAUACCACAAAUUGUGAUGAACUGCAACGUCGUCGGCGACGUGAAGGAGUCUUGAGAGCGACAAAGACUGCUAUAACGAACCACAUUGUUAUGAAUAACAGCGAGGUGUUCUACCAACUUAAGAAAGAGGAAGCCGCUCAAAUAACUGAAGUAGAUAUCGAGCUAGAUGAUAGUACUGUCCCCGACUACACUUUUCCCGAAAAAGAACAUUGUGAAUAUACGUAUGUUGCCGAGUGUUGCAGUAAUGAUACGAAUACAAAUUGGGACUUUAGCGAUAUGAUGAAAUACGAUAACACCACAAGUUACGAUAACUGUAAUUUAACGAAGAAUAACGAAUGCACGAUAACGAAUUUAAGCGACAAUCCAGAUAAUGCAAAAAUGAACGCUGACGAUGGGAUCACAAAUUACACGAAUAUAAAUUGGAGCCUAGAAGAUUUCUGGAAAGAAAUUGAGAUUGAAGAAAUGAAAGCUGCCAAUAACCUCAGUAAUACAAGGAAUGAUAAUGAGUGCAAAGAUUUGGAUUACAUCGAUGAACUUUGUAACGAAUUCAAUAUCGUUCUCGACGAUGUGUUCCGAAAUGACAGCGAGUUUGAGGCCAACACAAAUACCACAAAUUGUGAUCAUAAAAAAUCACCGGUCGCACCAGGUUCUAAGAAUGCAAACGAAAUACAGAAAUACGAAGUUUUGAGGCUAAUGGGUUAUAUUGUGAAUAGUAAAAUUUUUUAA